CUAAAGCUUUUGUUUCAGUGGCCGUUCCGUACUCGUCAGUUCCGCAAAUGUACAAUGUAUUGUAAUUGCACAGGCGGGAGAAUCUAGAAACACAUAAACAUCAUUUUUGAUAAGUGAAGCUUUUCAGGUUGAACAGGUUGCUUACCCAGCAGGCGCAAUGGGCCACAACUUUAACUCUUCAAAACGGCAUCCAAACAAUAGAUUUCCAGCUCACAUGUCCACCAUCUUUGAAAAAACUAAACUCUUUUUCAAAGUAGCGUCUUCGUACUAAAUACGAUAAAAAUCAAUUAAAUUUAGAUAAUAGACCGCCUCAAAAAACGUAGACAUGACCGAGAUAUGAUUAAACCAUUCCCAACAUAUCAUUUCAAUAGAACCUUCCACUAUUAUAGUGGAUUAUAAUAAUAAUGACAUGCACAGGCGGGCAGACUGAUGUAGUAGUUUUAGUAAAACGUAGUCGAAGACAUGGUCAAGAAGAGGGAGGUUCUAAAUCAAUAAAAUUUUGCAGUAAAAAGUAGUUCGACGAACGGACGGACAACGUGUCCUCAAUUGCCACUUUUGCGGUUUGAAAAAAUGCUUUAAAAAUUGCAAGCAUCGAUUUUUAGAUUCAUAAGCGGUAAUUGCUUAAGAAAAUUUAUUUAUUGUUAAAUUAGAAUUUCUACAUUAGGCAAAGAUAUUAUGUCAUGUGUGGCUAGCUAGUAUAUUGCACGCAAACCCCGCGUGGUGUACGCAGGUACUUCUAUUGAUUGGGUCUACAGUUGGCAUGGAAAUUAAAAACACACACCAGCAAAGUUGUGUACGGAGAGAUGUCCGAUCAUAAUCGCGCUGUGUUUAAUAAUACAUGCCUAAAGGUCCCAAGAGACCCUAUUAGCCAUCAACCGUCCCCUAUUUACGAACAGAAAUAUGUGAGUAACAUGAAGAACGAGAUGCUUAAGAUGGACAUCGAAAACAAGCACAAUUUUUCCAACGCCAAGUCGUCUCCUAAAUCGGAUAAAGCCGUUUUAAAAUCGCUCAUUGAAUUUUACGACAGCAUUCCUGAAUACGACGAUAUUAACCACUUGUCCAAUAAAGACUUUUAUCGGAAAUUAGAGAACCUAAAAGAAAGGCAGCGAUGUUUUUAUAAAUUUAUACAAGCGAAUCAAAAUGCCGAUAAUAAGGAUAUGAUUUGGAUGGAAGAUUAUCAAAAUUUUAAACAAAGUCCAGAAUUACGCUCCAAGCUGCGAUCUAGAAGACUGAAGCGAGUUGAGGAUAUGGAUUCACUUACAUCUUCUGAUAAGGAACCGGCAGUUAAACCCCCAUCUCGACGCUCGGUUAGAAUUGAAAGUCCCAGUGAUAAAUCCGACAGCUCCAUUCCCCGUUUGCGAGCCAAGUACCAUCGCAAUAUUUCCUCCGGCGGAUCGAGGUACGACAAAUCCAAUACCUCUUACAACGAAUCACCAUGGGAAGAUAUAAGCGUGAUUGACUUUCGGUCCGAUUCCGACAGGGAUAUACAGACAAGGAGCGCACCAAACAGCCCAACGAAAAGGAAAUGUGGCAUUGGGUGGAAAGAUAAUGGAAUCACGAUUCCCAAGCCGUUUCAAAUGACUGUUAGAGAUGAAGAAAAUAAAAUAGUGGAUGACAUAAUGUUAACCGUUCAAAAACCGCAAGAAGAAAAACACGAACUCUUUAGAGCAAAUCCGGUUCCGAUAGAAUCGAGGAUUCCGAUGUUUAAUCAAAUUAUAGCACAGCAGGAACGCAGAAGCGAGAUUGUAAAGCAAAAGAGCAAGGAGACACUAAAAUCCCAAAUGCGCCCAUUUUCAUUUACUCGCAGAGAAGAAGAGAUACAAGCUUUGACUAAGCGAUUAUCAAAGUCUUCGCCUACAAUUUUCUUAGAUGACGACGUACCAAUAAAAAUGAAGCAGUUCAAAGCGAAACCGAUACCAAAGGGUUUGUUCAGUAAUUACGUCUAUCAGAAAAUGCACGAAGACGAAUUUUAUAGGUUAGCUCUACAAAGGAAAAUUAGAGCCGAAGAAAUGUUGCAACGCGCUUCCCUUCCACCAUCGAUGGCUAGGAGAGAGAAAUUGAAACCGAAACCGAUUAUAUGUUUGAGAUCGUUUAAACACUUAGAAAGCGACGUUUCAUCUCCGAAAUCUUCCGAAGUCCCUAACUACAAAGCUAGUCACGAGCGACUAGAAAAAGAAUUAGAUGAUCUGAAAAAUGACUUUAUAACAACUAGUCCUGUUGCGUUUAAUUUUAAAACUUCCAAACGACACGCUGAAAGACAGUUGAAACGUUGCUAUGGAAGUCGCCUAAAUUCGUCAGGUAGCAGUAGAAAUGCCGAAAAUUACAGAGGGCCUUCUGCGGCCGAUUUACUUUCUGUUAAUAAAUCAAAUCUGGCAGCGGUACUGAGAAUUCAAGCGGCCAAGAAAAAAAUGCAAAUGGAAAUGUGCCGAAAGCUCGAGGAGACGAAACUGAGAGAAGAAUCUCGUUGGAGAGAGAAAGUUUUGAGGAAAAAGCCUGCGUGGCAGGCUUUGGCGUACAGCCACGAGGAAGAUCUAGCUAUGCGUUUGCAACUGAGAAAAGAUGAGGAAAGACUGCGCAGUGAAGAACAUCGACAUAAAAUGGAGUUAAUGUUUGGAAGGGUGAAUAAAAUGCCAAUGCUUUUUGAAAGACAAUCUCAUUAUAAAGAUUAUCCGGUAACAAAACGACAGCUGAUUCAGUCACUCGCAGAGAGCUAUGGAGACUAUUGCAAUAAAUACCCAACUGUAAGUCCUUUGGAGUUAGGUGACGACUUGGAUAAAGACAAUAACGAAGGUGGACGUAAUCAGAAGGCAUCUUGUGAUUUAACGUAGUUUUUUACGAUACCAA